AUGAGGGUCCUUCAGUCCCUAGACAAGGAGAAACGGUCUGCGAUUAAGAUGGAUGUUACAGGUUUCGCCACGGGAAACAGUUCGGGGGUUCCAAACGACGUGAUCGAGUCUUGGGAACCCCAGGCGGAUCGUUACUUGCUUGCUCUGUGCUUCUACGGGCGUUUGUCCAAUCAGGAGGAAUGCAUGCGAAGUUACUUAGUCUUCGCGGCGCUUCUGAACCGCACGCUUUUGGUUCCGGAUCCAGGAUUCGCGCAUCACCACCAGACGUGGUACAAAUGGCGGUGGAGCCUGAUAUUCGACAUCCCGCACCUCCAGACGUGCCUGGCGGACGCGUACGGGAACAACACCGUGCUUACAGUGGAGGAGCUUGUAUCAAGGACGAAGCAAAAUGUGACUGUAGACCACGUUGCUUGUGUAAACGGGAGGUCCUGCAUGGACAAUACUCAACUGUCCUUCGCCCAGCUUCCCAACGUCACACUGCCUGACAAGCUAGAGCACCCUUUGGAGUCCCUCCCCCCUGGAGGGCUCGCCGAGUUGCUUUCUGCCUGUGCUCCCUUCGCCAACGCUCGCGUGCUCAGCCUUGGGAACAUCUACGGCUUCUCGUUAUACGGCAGGGCUGGGCAGAUGCUGCAUGCAACCAAGCCUCCAUUCCGAACCUCGUGCCUGGACCUUUGGGAGCCGCCGCCAGUGGUUCGGAGGUUUGUUUCGGGGUUUGUUGAUACUUUCCUGGGAGAUGACUACGCGGCUGUGCAUAUGAGGAGAGGGGAUUUUUCGCAUGCUUAUUUGAGGAAUGAGGAGAAGGAGCAGAGCAGGGACCCGGCUUUUCUGCCGAUCGCGUCUAUUGCACGUUACAUUGUGUCGCGAUUCAGCGGCCGUGGCAUCAGUAUUCUGUACCUUGCCACUGACGCAAGCCUGACGGAAGUGCAAUUCCUAGAGAAACUUCUACUGGAGUUGGACUCGAAGGCUCCCUUUGUUGUUGAGCGCCUUCCCGAAUUCACUAAGGGCUCGUUGGAGUACAACGAAUAUGACUGGGUGCGUGAUUUUGAGAACUUGGAUGAGGAAGACCACGGUAUCCUCACGGCUCUCGCCGAGAAGCACAUAUGUGCAAGAGCGCAAUACUUCAUUGGUACACCCAAGUCCACCUUCUCAACUGAUAUAUUCAGAAUACGAGAGGUAUACGGGCGUUCGUCAGAAGUAGACUCUUAUUUCGGGGAUGCCAAAUGA